AUGGGGCCAGAUGGCAACCCCUGGGGAAGGAAUGGAGACAGGGAAGGGAAGCGGUCAGUCAGAGCGGCCAUCAGCAGAAGACACCGAGAGGACACGGUGGGAGACAUGGGAGGAGAACCAGGAGACUCUGGAGCAGUAGAUGAGGAGGAGGGGGCUGAAGUGGUGGAGCAGAAGCCAGGAGGUAAAGAAAUGGAAAUGGUGAAGGAAAAUAUGGUGGUAAAUGAGGUGAAGGUCAAGGCAGGUCCCUGGUCCCUGAACGUGGAUGCCCACGCGAGCUCCCUGGAGGCCAUCCAACUAGAAGUGGAGACGAAUGCUCAGGCUGACAGAGCCGUACUACAUUUACAGCACAAGUGUGGUCAGGUAUGUCAACACUUCCUAGAGCAGAGGAACUGCAUUGUUCAGAAUAUCCCCAGCUUCUGGGUCAGUGCCUUUUGGAACCAUCGAUAGCUGUCCACCCUGAUUAGAGGCCAAGAAGCAGACAUGUUAAGGUACAUAGCCAAUUUGAGACACCCUAGGGUGGGCUUCAAGUUCUAGUUCUUUCAAAGAAACCCACAGUGCAGAAACAAGCUGAUUGUCGAGGAAUAUGUCAGAUCAUCCGACCAAGUGGAGUCUCUUGCCACUCCAAUCAUAGGGCACCCAGGCCAUGAACUCUAGUCUUCCAUUCAUAGGAAUCAAGACGUCACCUGCAGCUUCUUCAAUUGGUUUUCAGACCACAACCUUCCAGAGCCUGACACAAUUGCUGAGAUUAUCAAAGAGGACCUCUGACCAAAUCCACUUGAAUACUGCCUAUUGUGUGAAGGGGCCCAUAGAGUUAGACUCUGCCAGAUAAGGAAGCCAAGGGAUCCCUUUGGGUUCCAAUCUGGUUAA